UGUGUGUUCAAAUCGUUCGGAGGCACGCAGCCAUUACAAUACGCCGUAUUCAAACCGAGCGCAACGCGAUUUGAGGAACGAGACGACUGCUGGCUCAUUUUCUUUGUUAAUUUCGGUUUCCUUAAGCUCAAAUCGAACUUUAAAAGACUACGCUUUUGUCUGUUUUCCAAACAGCCGUGUAUGUAAAUAUAGCCAGCGUUGCGUCGACGUGAGACGCUCCGCAUUCCCAGGCAUUUGACUCACUCUACACACGCGCAAACAGCCUUUUCCGUUUGUUCAGCGCAUUCAUUUGAACGCCCGCGUUUCGUCAACCAAGAAGAUUCAGGUUUAAGAGACUCGCUUCGAUUUAGAUGGCAAGCUUCCCAGAUUUUGUCAACGAAAAUGAAAUAGGUAAAGCUAAGUUCAUCGGGGAACUCAUACCUCCUGUUGCUCCGUUUGACCAGAAGUCUGGACGGGAGACUUGGACUGUAGCUUUUGCGCCUGAUGGUUCCUACUUCGCUUGGUCUCAGGGGCAUCGAAUUGUGAGACUUGUGCCAUGGAAAAAGUGCCUAGCCAGCUUCUCUGUAAGAAAGGAAGAUCGGUCGAGCAGUGCAGGACCUCGAAGACUGUCCCGGCAGAACAGUGAGGGCAGUCUGCUGCCAGGCGAGCCCAGAGAGCACACAAUCGACUGUGGUGACAUUGUUUGGGGCCUGGCCUUUGGCUCUUCUGUUCCUGAAAAGCAGAGUCGCUGUGUUAAUAUAGAAUGGCAUCGGUUCAAGUUCGGCCAGGACCAGCUGCUGUUGGCCACAGGCCUAAACAACGGCCGCAUCAAAAUCUGGGAUGUCUAUACAGGAAAACUUUUGCUGAACUUGAUGGACCACACAGACAUUGUGCGAGACUUAACGUUUGCCCCAGAUGGGAGUUUAGUGCUGGUUUCUGCCUCAAGAGACAAGACUCUACGCGUGUGGGACCUCAAAGAUGAUGGUAACAUGGUGAAAGUACUUCGUGGCCAUCAAAACUGGGUCUACUGCAGCGCUUUCUCACCUGAUUCAUCUGUCCUUUGUUCCGUAGGCGCAGGCAAAGCGGUCUUCCUGUGGGACAUGGAUAAGUACACUCUGAUCCGUAAGCUGGAGGGCCAUCAUAACGACGUGGUGUCCUGCGAGUUCUCUCCCGACGGGGCCCUGCUGGCCACAGCCUCCUACGACACCCGUGUCAUAGUGUGGGACCCUCAUACAGCCACCGUUCUGCUCGAGCUCGGGCAUCUCUUCCCUCCUCCCUCACCCAUAUUUGCAGGAGGAGCAAAUGAUCGAUGGGUUCGCUCUGUCGCUUUUUGUCAUGACGGCCAGCACAUUGCUAGCGUCACAGAUGACAGGCUGAUGCGUUUCUGGAGCAUCGAUGAGAAGAGUCCUCAAGCCAUCGGCCCUCUCACUAAUGGCCUCUGUUGUGCCUUUUCUACUGAUGGAAGUGUCUUAGCUGCCGGGUCUCGUGAUGGCAGCGUGCAUUUCUGGGCUUCUCCACGCAGCAUCGCAAGCCUCCAACACCUGUGCCGUCUGACCCUGCGGCGAGUCAUGCCCACCCAGCAGGUUUAUAUGCUGCCCAUUCCUUUCUCCAUGCAGGACUACCUGGCAUACAAGACGCUUUAAUUUGUAACGCAAACAUUGCAAUCUGUGAAACCAAUGAAAUGUUGUUUUUUUUUUGUUUUGUUUUUUUUUUUUUUUUCCCUCAUUUUUCUGCUCAGACCGACCCCUUAAUAUAGGUGAGGUUGUUCUUUUUGUAUUUAUUUAUUUUUUUGGAAGUUUAGUAUUCUUAGCUGCAAGUGUAUUUCAUUGCGUAGUUCACAUUUGUCCUUUUUUUUUUUUUUUUUUUUUUUUUUUUUUAAGCCCAUAUCAGGUAGUGGCCUUCAGACAGCCUUAAUAUAUCAGUGGACCACUUUUUCUGUUUUUUUUUUUUUUUUUUUUUUUUUUUCCUGGCACAAUUUGUACAGCACCUUAGUUAGAAGAUGAUGGGUGAAAGUGGUGCUUUCUCUGGCUCAGUUGAAGGUAUUCCUAAACCGAGUUUAAAGCGAUGUGAUGGGAGGGUUGUCUCCCGAAUGUUCUGCAGUGUUUUCUUUUUCUGUGCUAGCUGUGAGAGGGAUUGAAGGGAAGCGACAAUGUGAGUGUGUUUGUUCGUGUGCAUGUGAUGGGUGAAAUAAAGUUGGGUAGUUCAGGGACACAGGCAGUGCCUCCCCUUGACGUGCCUCUUUAGAGAAAAUAAACAUCCACGCGCUUAUAUGCUGCUUCAGUAACGGCCUUCGUCAUCACAAUCCUAAAACUUCAGUAACACAUGGGCUAAUUUGUUUCCUCCAUAAAUUGUAUAUUUUUUAUCUGUACAGAGAUUUGUAAUGGCACGUGUAUAUACAUAUGUUUGUAUAAAUAUGUAGCUUCAAAUUUUUUUGCUUCUCGUACAUCACUUUAUAAUGCUUGUAAAAGUCUGUACAUGGUCUAUUCUUUUGUGCGAUGAUGUUUUGUAGGGAAUGACACAAGUUUGCUUCAAGGAGAGGCUGCCAACUUGGAGAUUUUUAACCAGCAGUGAAAUUAAUGCCACAUCUUUUAUUUUUCUCGUUCCAAAUUAAUUGCCACUGACUUCCACUUGCUUUAUCUGAUACGAAAUAUGGCACUUUAACCUGGCCUGACACAUUGUCUCCCUAUCGAACCGCAGCCUGUUAACACUCUUUUUAACAGAGAGCCAAAGUGAGGUCUUGUGGAGGUUUUUAUUGUUGUUUUUCUUUGGGCACGUCUCAUCUACCUCUCAUUUUGAGGAAAUGGUUUAUUGGAUGUCUUAGAACCAAAAGGCGCAAUUGUUUAUUGAUUGUAUGACGCAUAUGACCCCGCCUGUCAUUUAAAGCAAUUGAAUGGUAUCAGUUAAGGAUGUGGCAAAUUCAUCUAGGCAUGCAGUCGAAUGGUCUUGGCAAUAAAAAUGUUGAAAAAGCUGAUGCCAAAGAUCCCCCUUGGGCUCUUUUUGAUGUGAUUGGCACAGACAGUUUUCUCUUACCUUUUUUGUUUAUGGCUAAAACUUGAAAGUCUCUUUGUAUGUUUUUCUGCUUGGGUGUAUGAAGAAUGCUGAUGUUCAACAGAUUGGUUUUUCUUUAGACGGAGCCCUAUAAAGUAGAUCUAGAGAGCAUAUGUAGAUGCACUUCAAACCAAAAUUUUAGCAGUUGCCGUUUUUUAGAAUACAGUGGUAGUAGUAUUCAAUCAUUAAUGAAUAUUAUAGAGAUGCUUGGAAACUAGUUAAUUUGUCUAGCUGUGUCAUACAGAAUACCUAAUGCUGUGCUAAACAGGAGCACGUGAAUUUGUCAACAAAAGUCAUUUUACAAGAAUGUUUAAUGUUUUAUUUUUUUGUUUUUUUUUCUUCCUCUCUCCAGUCAGUGGGGGUUAUUUUAUGAUUGUUGUCGAAAUAAAGUAUUUUAAAUCGUU